CACCUUACGCCGACGCCAGACGCGCUUCAGCUUCCGAGACAGUACGUCGAGCGAAACCUGAUCUUCCCUUAAAAAAAGUGCAAAACCCAUAAUUUAUCGAGUACAAAGUAGAUUCCGUACUCACGCGUGACCCAGUGUCGUCAAAAAGUGGGCAAAUAACCCGAGGAUAUCACCAGUGCAAGUAGGUCAACGUCAGACUCAGGGCCACUCGAGUGCCACGCAUCUGUUGCGAAUCUCCAAAACGAAUCGUCUCCUUGGAAGAGGAAUCAAGAAGAAAACAUCCAAGGGAAUAAUCCCUCGGUACCGAGGUUCCAUAUCGACUAUACAUACGCUUUCAAAAUGUGUUGUACCUGUGAGUCGUGUAACUAAGAAAAAGGAAGAGGAUCCCAAUUCGAGCCCGCGAAUGGCGGCCUACGUUACCGACAGAUCGGCCUCUAUCGGCCCGCGUAUGAACGCGGCAACGGCGCGACGGCGUUUCUCCUACGACUUCAAAGCGGUUUCUAUUCGUGGAAAGCCACGCCGGAAGGCUGCACACGUGACAGUUAACAAGAAAGAGAAUUUAAGACGGCAUCGAGGACAUUAACGAAGACGGAGGCGCGGUUUAGUGAUGGUUAAUUAGAGGAAGAACGGUAGAGUACGCGUGGAAUCGGCGGGGUGUGCAGAGGUUCGACGCGCAGUCGCGAGAAGGCGCCACCGCAGGGUCCGGUUUUCUAUAAAAGGGCGCGCGAAGCGGACCGCUCGCCAGGCUGGUCCGACCGGCCGGACGUGGCGCGGGUCGUUUCCGUCCUCGGUAAGAUGCGCUCGGAAGGUGGAUGGCCCGAAUCCCAGGAAGAUCAAAGGAUGUCGGCGUAUCGAGGGAGUUGACGAAGCCAUGCGGGAAGGCCCUAUCGAGGUUGAGAAUCGAGUUAGUUCCGAUGCGAGCAUAAUUUCAUCCAAGAGUAAGAGAAAGGGGAAUCAUGAGCGAGGAUCGCAGCCUUUGGGUUUUCGGGUACGGAUCCCUGUGCUGGUACCCGGGGUUCGAGUACAAGGCCAGCAUGACGGGAUUCGUACAGGGGUUCGGCAGGCGGUUUUGGCAAGGCAACGUCACCCACCGAGGGACCGUCGACAAGCCGGGUCGAGUAGCCACGUUGGUCGAGAGCAAGGAGGAAAAAGUUUAUGGACGGGCUUUCAAAGUCAAGGACAACGAGGCUAUGAGAUAUCUUGAGAAGCGGGAGUGCUCCCUCGGUGGUUAUCUGACGGCCCUGACGACGUUCUAUUCCCGAGACGACGGCAAGAGUUUCCCGGCCGUUUUGUAUAUUGCCACAAAUAAGAAUGAACAUUGGCUUGGCAAGGCCCCGCUGCAAACAAUAGCCGACCAGAUCGCCGAAUCGUCUGGCCCUAGUGGGCACAACGUGGAGUACCUUCUCAGAUUAGCCGACUUCAUGCGUCGCUAUCUACCGGAGGCUCAUGACGAGCACCUCUUUUCCCUGGAAGUCAUGGUCCGGUCGCUGAUCAAGGAACGAAAUCUGUGCCUUAGGACCUUGAUGGGCAACCCGGAAUUCCUGGACCUUGCAACAAUCGAUGCCGACCAAAUGCAGGCCGAUCGCGUUCCCGAAGAAAAUGCCCCUCGACGAGAAUCCUUCCAGCACAUCUUGAGAGUCCCCGAAAAGACACUGCGUUGCCUCAAGAUGUAAAUUAUCUUUUCCUUUUUAUCCACCUUGCCGAGCAUUGGUUAGGAUCUCCUAGGACGUUUUGGUUUUUAGGUAAUGACUGUGAUUUGAACCCUGGGACACGUUCACGGUAUUUUACCGAUCGGUACGGGAACGGCUCUUGACGAUUCACCGUAUUCCUUCCCGUCUCUUAUUUAUCUAUUGUUUCAUGUGAUAAUCGGGAGAGGAUCAACGAUGCUUCUCUAACAAUCGGAUAUACCUUCGAUCGCUGCUGAUAGUUAACCGCGCCUGACGGAAGUAAUUUUCAAAACGAACAAGACUUUGUAAGAUCAUCUGGAUUCCAAAUGUCUUCGACUGAUGUAGCAGGGAAUUUUGCGUCGACGGUCCAUAGCAUAAGGUCCAUUUCCGAUAAGCGGAACAUUUCUUAUGUUUACGAACUGUAGUUAGCAAUUAAUUGCGUCACGCGGAUACCGACUGUCAUGUGUUAAUGGUAUUUGUUUAAAGUCGCAUGGGGGUGAUUAUUGGUAUUCACGUGACGCAUGUAGCCAGUGAUUGCUGAGAGUCUUUAUCAAGCUGACAAAAAUUCUUCGACAAGUUUUACUAGGUUAAGUUGCGUCACGGAUGCGUAAUAUUAUUUUUUUUUUAUUGCAGAAUUUAACGCGCUACUCGACUGUGACAGCAUAUUGCAUUCGUGUUUGUGAAAGCUAAUAAAAAGAAAAGAAAAGAAAACGUCCUGAAUUUACGGCCUGCACGGAUCUCGUUAUCCAAUCGACGAAUCCGCUGAUGGUCACCUUUAUGCGUGGAUACAGUUUCAUUCGAUCCUGCCCGUGCCACGGGAGAGAAACGGAAGAAAUUCCAAGAUGGCGUCGCUUGGCAAUUCCAUGUACCGACCGAGGAGAGCAGCGAUCUUUGACGCUCUAAAUACCCUGAAGCCACCUCUUCAUUAUUCGUCUCAAAUUGCAGCGAAUUUUUUCACGUAGUUCAAGUUACCAUCAAACGAAAAACGAGCCGACCGUAUUGACUCUCGAGAGGAGCGACGCAAGUUUUACGGCGAAUUUCCCCGUAUCUGGGAGUUUCGUUAGGCACUAAUGCACGUAGCGGGGAACUAGCGUUAAGUAACGUUAUCUCCGAGAUAUCCCGGAGUCAGCCAUGCCACAUCAACGUCACGGUUAGUAAGGACCGCUUCUUUCCCGGUUCUGCUCCUUCAUUCGUCCAUUAACACCGUCAUUCUCCGCCGGUACACAUGUGCGCCCGUAGUUUAUCCUGAGGCCAUCGCACCGUCGAGCACCUGGCGAAAGGAAACGGCGUCGGGCCAUCUCACCUGGAAGAAGGACGAGGAUGAUGACUCGGUCUCCUGGAAGUCCCGCUCUCCGACGAGGAGCUAUUCACACGGAAAUCAAUGGGAACGGUUGCCUUUGAUUUCGUAUGAUAAACUAUGCGAUUCGACCUCGACAUCGUGACAGCGUUUCGGUGAUUUCAAAUCCAUUCCCCGAGUGAAUGCCCUCAAGGACCGACGUCGUCCUGCUCGUUACAAGCGGAUCCGUCGAUUUCUCAGGAAGGACGAAUUAACUCGAAUUACCGUAUCAGUGGGUCAACUCGGGCCCAGGCCUCAGGAUGUCCUCGGAAUUGGAGAGGAGGAGAAGGGAGACUCGUAACCCCGGUAGCGGUCGAAGGAGGCGAGUGCCCUGGAGGAAUUGGCCGGAUUGGCCCGGUACCCCUAAGGGUGCCGAGGUCGGAGGUUAAGGACGGCUUCCUUAAGGAUGGCCUCCUCCUCCUCGGCCCCUCGACGGCGCCGACACUGGUGCAGAAGCAUUCCGAUACGAAGAAGCUCGUCGUCGCGUGAAAGUUGUUCACCUCCUCUCCCUUCCACCUCGGCCGCCUCCACGUCCAACCUCCGCAACCUCCGCAUCCAGCGCAUCCACCACCUCCGCCGCCUCCACCUCCACCUCCCCGGCGAGGCGCACGAAGCUCCCGCUUCGUUGUCCGUGCUAGUUCCUUCGAAUCGCGAUUUGCCAAUACCAGCCGCUACCACUUAACCUGACUCAACCGAGCCUGACUUAACCCUAACCCGACCCAACCUACAUAUAUCAGCCUUAUCCUACCGCGUGGACGGAUCCGGCGAUAUGGGAGAAAGAGGCCGAUUUCCCUUACCCCCCUUUUACCCCCUUGAGGAAGAUCCCUCGGCCGAUACCCCUUAUCACCGCGUCACGAAGUUCCAGUUUCCCUCCCCACCGAGCUCCGGUUAUUUAUUAAUCCCGAAGCUCCGUUCAACCGAUCCUUUUCUUCAUUUCUCGGAUCCGAUGCGACAGCCUUUCUGCAAGGUGUCCUCCCGAGUCGUUUAAGCGUAUCAGAGCCGGACGGGAAAGGAAACGAGGGAAGUCGCUUAACGAAAAUUACUCCCUGGGGGGAGGGAUUCCACCGGCACGUAAAUUUUCUCUAGGGUAAUCGUUCCUUCCGCGUAGGUGCAACUGCAGAAAAAUGCACUUUCGCGGAGUCCUCCGAGGUAGACUGCAUGCUUUGGGCCACUACGAUGAUUCCCGUGAUUGCGCCAAUUAUCGUUACAGGGCCCUAUCUGGAAGGGAAAUCCUGGAGGAUAAGGAAAGCGCGGGGAGACACCUCGCCGACCGGGAGCGGACGAGCCGAGGAAUGGGAAUCGGAAAGACGGGGCCGGGGACCGGAAACGGAUGAUACGCGCCAGGUGGAUGACGUAAGCGAGAUCACCGCUUCCCUUUCUCUCUUCUUCUGUCUUCCCUCUUCUCAGGGACGAGCCCUCGGGGGAGGCGAGAACCCGACCCCGCCGACAUCCGGAGUUCCCUCGAUCUUCGAACGUCCGAGCACGAUUACUCCGUGGAAAGUGCAACGCUCGGGGAAAAGUCGGAACUUCGGGGAAACUCGUGGAACGGCUCGUUUCUCUUCCCUCUGUGCACUUCCUCGUUUGCAUCGACGACGGCGCCGACUUUCGCGGCCUCGAGCGAAAUGUCCUUACUCGGGUGAUGGCAAACUAAUGAGGGAAACAAUGAAUACGGACACGGGACGUGAGUUUACGAGGUGCCAGGGAGAUUGGGUUGCGAGUGAACUCGAUUUGUUUGCCCCUGUAAACGCUGCGGAGCGGAUCGUAUAGGCUCCAACGAUCUAUGGCGAAGUGCCUCCUCGAUGGACCGGCCACUCAAGGGGAGUGCUGGCAUCGCGGGGACUUUUGAAAGGACUCUCGAUGACAUUCGGCGGCUACUCCGUCUUGGCCCUGCCGACUGGCGAUGAAUCCCGAGUGUCGCGCCUCCAAGAGCGGUCGCCUCUUUGCAUUCGGGCGAGUCACAGUUCCUGGAGCGACCGCCUGGCGGAAUUCCUGGCCGAGGUGGCGCGGAAGGAGACCCGGGGGAGGAAUCCCGACCUCGAGGCUGGACCCCUUUUCGGAAGCUGCGCGGGACACCUUCGGACGAGGAAACGAAGAAAAGGGGUAAUUGCGGUUCGCCGACGUGGCGGAUGGAUCGGCGCGUCCUCGGGCUGAGAAGAAACCGUUGUCCCUCUUCUAGGCGAGAAUUUCACGCGCGUCUAGGGGGACUUCCCUUCGACGCCAAGACGCCGAGAGACGAUCUCCUGGUGGAGGCUGCGCCACGUCACGGAGGACAAAAAUCCCCACCAUUUGCCGAGACACGAGACAUCCGCCGGUGGGACGAAAUUACGAGAUUAAUCGACUCGUCUCCAAGUUCCCAUCGGAAGUGCACGCGACGGAGGCGAAGUCCAUCGCCUGCGUAACGAUUGCGUCGAUCGUAUCCCCUUGGAGGAAACGCGGGAAAUUUUCCAAGGCUCGGGAGAUAAUCGGACGGGAUUGUCGGGAGAAUUCAGGGGAGCGGGGGGGAGAGAAAAUCCGAGGCCAGUCUUCGUUGGCGAUCCUUUUCUUUUCCAUCGGUCGUAAUGAGCUCGGAAGGAGCACUUUGCCAUUUGAUUUCCCACGUUACGCAUCGCUGUCGGCCGUCGUCGAUGCACAACAAAGGAAUUGCGAUCUUCCGGAUGCGUCGCGACGUUUCCUCCGGGUUCGAUCCCAUCGAUCGACGACGUCGCGCCGGGACGGCAAUAGUUCGAGGAGGGACAAAGAGGGAUCGCACUUUGUAACGUCGUCCCACAUCGAGUCUCCUCUUAUUAUGCUACGUACGCUAUGCUAAGUAGAGGAACGGGAGGAGGACGUUUUUACGGGGCCCCGUGGUCUCGGAGACGUCGAAGAAGGCACGAACCUACCUCGCGAGGUGUGCGAGCCCCUCUCGUUUGCCUCUCUUUGCUCGGGAAUAUGAUACAAGUCUGGUAACGAGAGGACUGCGGUACCGAUUGCGAGCCUCGGACAUGAAAAUCUAACCAUCGGUCCCAUUAAGGCCGAGCCGAGCCUUGUGGCAGUGCCGUUUAAUUAUUUAUCCCGCCUGGUUGUAAGUCGAAACGGGAAAAAGGUCUACCACCCCGGAGGAACCCCAUGUCGCGGCUUUCCUCCGAGGUAGCGCUUUUCUUUAUUUCUUUACUUAUCCACUUAUCCAUUGUUUUAUUGUCUCUUCGCGGCGAUCACCCGUCGAAUUGCGCCCGCUCCGACUUAUCCGAGCCGCGGUGUCAUUAAUCGUCCCCUUAUCAAUUUCACGGGACUUUCCAUCGAGCCGAGUCCAAGGACGAGAAAAACCGACGCUUCGGCAGGACUUAAUCUUUCCCAAGGAUGCGAGCGCCACUCGAGUAUGGUCGUCGAUCGUGCGUUACAAUAUAAUCGAUAAUCGGAAAUACGAUCGGCCUUACGGGCUGGCGUAACGGCAAUAUCGGCGAUAUUACUUAAUCGCGGCUUUCCUACGCGAAGGUGCGACCGGGUUUAAAGAGCCGCCUUCUGUUCCCGGGAAUUCUCCCGAUCGCUCCAUUAAUAUUCCGCGUGAUAUCACCCGCGUUUUCCGCGGCUUUCCUCCGCGGUCUCCUUAUACCGUAUCCGCCCCUACGCUGUUCGAGAUGUUCGUCGAAGGGAAUUAUAUUCAAUUUCCCCCUCUAUUGGCUAUAUCCGACCUUCCGCGGUUUUCCUUCAUUUUCCGCAAUCGAGUCGCCGCGGGGUUUACGUAAGCGAUGAGGUCCCCGUUUAUUUUAUAUAAUGCUCCACGCCGGUGGACACUCGGUUUCCCGGUGCAGCUAGAAGCCGAGGCAAAACAACGCGUCCCGAAUUCGCUUCGCGAUUCUCACGGUCUCGGCUCGGCCGCGAAAUCCUGAGGACGCGUUAGGCGACUCCUGCACCGGAUCGAGCCAGGACGAAGGGCUCUUCCAUCGACAAACCGACGUUAACUUGGAAAGCAGUCGAGGAAUAGAGCACGCUUACGGAGCGGAGAGCAAAGUGGCCGCUCGCCCCAACACCCCGGAGAGGAGCCCGAAGAGGACCCUGAAGAGCCUUCUUGCCCACGCGGAGAGCCCGAGUGCGCUCGAACGCGUCGAGGAUUUUUCCCCCUGGCCUGGGAGGCAAACGAGAGGUCGGAGAGUCCCCUAGAGACUAGAGAAGAGAGGAUGCCCCGAGAGAGGAUCCGUGCCACUCGGUCAUUGGUGAAUGUACCGUACCGAGUACCGAGCACCGGGUACCGAGAGAGUGCCGGCCGCUCGUUCGGCAUCGCCGAUCCGUUUCCUCCUCUUCCGCCUGGAAGGCGUCCUCUUCCAGGGGACGCCGAUUACGUCCCUCCGAGGCCCGGGGAAACCGACGCGUGCCCGGUACCGUUCCCGAGAGCCCUCCAGGGUUCCUACGCGACCCUGGGGACCCUCGUUCCCGGCGAUCGAGGGAGCACCUCCACCUCUCCGGAGGGACCCCGAAGAGGUCCUAGAAAGAGAUGCAUCGGAUUUGAUAAAAUCAUAGUCUCGAUGCAUUCGGGACGCGGCGAGCUCGAGAUGUACCGGAGCUCCAUUUCCCGGUAAAUCCUUCGGGAAUCCGCUCACGUCCCGCGGAGAGCAUCGACGGGAGUCCAUCGACUCCGACCGAGAGCAUCGAUGUCGGUUAAGGUCCGAGGAUGCACCGCCGAGUGCAGUCCACGUGCGUUCGCGCGUUAUCUCCCUCCGGGGCGCGCAAGCGCGAUGCACCGCAGCCCGGUGCACUCGAGAUAGACGAAACGGGCCACCUCCACUCGUGGUCGAUCUCCGCUCUUCAGAAGCGACUUAUCGUCCCUAUCGAACGAUUCCCAGAGACCGAAUUAAUUUCCUUCGAUGAAAUAAUUCCCGAGAACCGAGGGAGUAACUGACCCUCGCAAGGAGGUCAUCGCGGGAGGCAUCGAGACGUGGCUCGAAGUGCAAGAGGACUCCUUCGAUCCAGCGCAGCAUCCUCGUGGACCGUCGAGGGAUCAUCGAGCUUCCCGGUUCCCGGUUCUCUCGUGUCGCCGGCUCGUUUAUUUAAAUGACCCUGCCCCCGGCCCCCGGGGCCCACGCGAGUUACCUACUUGCGGAGCCGUGCACCUCGCGAGAGCUCUCCCGCUCUCCUACGACCGUUAAGAUUCGAUUACUCGAACGAGGGGGGCCAGAGGUGAAGGGGAGCUAAAAGGAGAAGAGCAGCUCUCCGAGUCCGUAUCCGUGCACGUAGAGGUAUGCGCGAUUCUCGAAAUGUCAGGAAGGAUCGAGCGGGCCCCCCUCGAUAUGCCCCCGCUGCGCGGCGCCGAUGCAACCCGGCGUGCAACCUAGCGUGCAACCUAGAGUGCAACCUCCGAGCUACCUAGAGUGCUACCUUCGGCCCCGCGCAUCGUAUGGGAGCACUCCAGGACGCGGUAUUCCGCUCCUCGACUCCUGUUUAGCCCGACCGCGCUAUUUGGGGUCAGAUUUGGGGUCGCUCGACGAUUGCCCCGGUCACGUGAGAACUUAUCCCCAAAGAGCGCGGGAAUGGGCCUAGGUCUUGCGUUGGUCCACGUUGAAGCGAGCAGGGAGAUGCGAGGGCACCUCUUCGGGAGCGAGAUUUUCGCCACCCUGGUGGAUCGCGUUAUCGAGCGACGCGAUAAAUAGGGCUUUUUGUCAGGACGCGACCGUCGAUCAUUCCCACGUUUGUAAUCGAUCUACAGGGAUCCCGGCGUUACGAGACUCGCCUUUUUCCGCGCCGCAGCGGCGUUUCUUCUCCUCGGGACGUGAUCUCACCGCGCUAUUCGGGUCAAGGGUUGGAAAGGCCUCCGAUUAACCGCGGAUUUAAUUCCGCGGGUCGUAUGCUUUUCUUUUUGCUUUUCUUUCUCCUCCAGACUGCCGGAUCGUUUAGCGGUUGAAUUAAUGAAUAAUCACGAGGGAACGGCUUCGGAGUCGUUAAAUAAGCCGAGCGCGGCGCCCGGAAGUGGGCGAGCGCUGCGGAAAAGAGUCGCGCUGCGGAUCCAACGGGUAUAACGAGAGAGGCGGCCGGAAAAAGAUUUUAAUCGCCGGAUGCGAUCCGUUCGAUUCCCACGACUCGAUCGCGCGAUCACUGGCCGAAACGAUCCCUGUCGGCGCGUCCGCGUUGCAGCAGCCGAAAGGGCCUCCCUCGACGCCGGAUGACACGCAUUUCGCCGGGCCGCGGGCUUAAUUUACGAAAACUCAAGCCCGAUCGCGUGCGGCAGAGAUCGGCCUACAAUUUCCCGCUGCCACGGGCCCCGGGCGGCGAUCGUUCAAGGCUGAGAUUCGCCCGACGUGUGGGAAGCGUCACUUUUUCUCAGGACUUUGUUAGAUAGUCCCACGGCCGGACCGCCGCGUAUAAGGCGUUCCUUAGAUUUAAGAUAUUCGUUUUCGCCGGCCGCGAAUCGAGAAGGAAGCUCGUAAUCCGCGGAUCCCUGCGAGACAGGCGUCGCGAUAACUGGGAAAAAUCGCAACCGGAGGGAGAAACACCGAGGCUGGCGGAAAAUCGCGAUAACCCCCGACCCACGUCUAGAGUCUAGACGGGAGACGCGGAAGAUCGGCCUCUAUCUUCCGAACGGUCGCAGAUGCGAGGAAACGUUUCUUACGAAAUAUGCGAGGGACGGGACGCCGAGGAACUUUUGUCCGGGGCGUUUCCAGCCGCGACGCCUCGUUGGCUCGAAAAACUGCGUCGAUACCGGCGACGCCGCGAAACGCGGUCGAGCGGCGCGAGGGGUAACGUAACGAGCGCCCGGCCGAACGUAACGUAACACGCGAGUGGAAACUAUCGGGAUGAAAGUAAAAAGACCGACCGUUAGGUUUUUGCCGAUUCUCACGAAGGCAAGGUCGCCCCACGAUCCUUGGAUCGUCGUAAGAGCCGAGCCAGGUGAUCGCGGAUCGCGUGCCGCCCUUACGUGUCGACGUCGAAGGAUCCUGUCGAAUGAGCGGCGGCCGCCGAAAAACCGAUCGAAGAGCCAUCGAGGACCGAUCGAAAACCCAUCAUCGCUCGAUCGAUCAUACCCCGGGGCGAUUCCUUCCAUCGGAGAUCGUCAAAAACCAGCCUCGACCGGGAGGUCGCGUUUUCUCAACGCGAUAGAGGGUCCGCUCGUUACGUCGCGCAAUUAACGUCGAUGCGCUUUUCGCUCGAAAUGUUUUGCUUUACGGCGGGAAAUAAUUACGGUAUCGGGCGCCGGCCUACCCUGCACUUACGUGAAGAAGAGCUUUCUCAUCGCGCCGAGGCGAUGCGAAAGCCCCGGCGAAACCUCGCGAUCCUCUUGGCGGCCAACAAAGGAGGCUUCUUUGUCCUUUGCGUCUCGUAUCUCCGCGCCGUGAACUUCGCGGGAUCCACUUCUAGCGCGUGCCCGAGUCGCGGGUUUCCCAUUAUUAGCGAAAUCAUGGAAAUUAAACUAGUCCGGACAAUCAAGGAAAUUAAGUCGAACGUCGUGCCGAGGGAAUUUCUUAAUAAUUGCGCGUUGCUUUGUGACGAUUUCACGAGUCGUUCCUGAAGAUGUACCGGAUAAGAGAAUCCUCGAAGAUGCUCUCUCUCCGUACGAACGGCUAGUUUCGCGUCCUCAUAAUGACUCCGUCUGCUACACUCUGGAAACACCGUGAGACAAUCUUCUUCACGGUAACGACCCACCAUCCCCUAAAAAUGGCACCGAUCCGCGAACUAGCUGCAAGGUAGAACGUUUAAUGAGAUAAUCAGCGCGUACCCCCCCAGCAUUUCCGUGGAUUUAAACUUGCCGCCAUGUACACUUGUAAGUCAUUCAUGACCGCCAGUGUACGUGUCGAGAGAACUUUCACUUGCCCCGCGGUCGGAUGGAUGCCGAGCAAACUUUGCAUCCACGUGAUCGCUUUAGAGGAUCCUCUUCGAUCCUCCUCCUCGAGCCGAGAUCAUCACUCGCCGUUCCCCCCUUGCAAACGCCUGAACGGAAGAUCGAACGAGUACCAGACCGGGAAAAAAGUACGACGAGCCGAAGGAAAAUAUUCCAUUACCCCCAAAGAACGAUUACUCCACCCAAGUGAACUGCCCUCCCCGGGCCGAGGAUUUAUUAAAGUGAACUUUCCCGACCCGAUCA